UACAUAACUAUAUCACGAAACUUUGUGAGACUGGAAAGGAAAAAGAUCAACCCAGUAACUUAGUUUUGGUAAAUCAUUCUCUGCAAGCAUUUGAAAAAAUAGGUAAUUGAAAUUUGGCUCCCCUUGUGAUGUCAAAAGGGGAUAACACUACACCUUAAUCUGCACUAUCCAACCACAGCGUUUCCAUUUAGUGCAGAGAUCAGCUCAUUUGCAUUUUAAAGGACACACCCAAAAAUGGCACAUGUUUGCUCGCACCUACAAAGUGGCAAUUUUAACAUGCUAUUAUAAUCUUAAUGAUUGCUAUUUUGAGCUAAAACUUCAGAUGCGUACUCUGGGGACACCAAAGAUUUAUCUGACAUCCUAAAAAGUCUGUGAAAUGUCCCCUUUAAAAACAAUAACAAUGCAUCAUUAUUUUUUCAACUGUUACUUCUGUAAGCUUGUAUGCAAAUCCAGGUGGGCUUUUGUACCUGAAGUGUUCUCCCAAGCAUCUACCAGGACGACCAAGAUGAGAUUCAUGAAGAAACGGCUGGUAACCUACAUUUGACUGACACCAUUCCAACACAGCCUAUAUCUGAAGCUCUGACCUUCUUUGAAGUUCUCCCAGAUCUGUGCCAAACAACGAAACCAAUAGCUGUCGCUGAAGAACCUGUGACCUUUUCUGAGGCAUCUGCUAAAGAGCCGGUGAUAGGAUCUCAAGUACAUGAGAUGCAUACAGAACAUCUAAAGUCUGUAGUUCAGGUGCCAAUGUCAUUCAAAUAUGAAGAACCCACGACUGCUGAUGCUGAAGAGCUUUUAAUAGAAGAUGAGGAACUCAUAAAAAUGGUUGAAAUGAUAAUAUCAGAUGAAGAGGAGCCAGAAUCAGUUACAGUGGAACCGAAAUGUAAAGAUACUUUGGUUGUAGACUUGAUUCAGGAUGAGCAACCAUUGGCUGAAACUGAGAAGGCAUUGGAUGAAGAAAUUGCUGAUAUCGUUGAGGAAAUCUUGCAGAUUACUGAGGACCAAGUCACUCAGCAAAACGUUGAGGAAAACAUGAGGCAAACAAAUGAGGAACUGAGGAACAUGGACACAUUGGAUGUUGCAGAAGCACCUGAAACAUUAUCUGUAGAGUCGGCAGUCGUGGUUAAAGACGAAACGGCUCACGUGACUGUCGAGGACAUAUUUGCUGCCAAUGGAAAGGCAGCUGUGGAUGAAGAAAGCUGGGUGAUUAUUGAAGAACCAAUCACCAACCAUCCUUACCCAGCUGUAGAUGGACCGGUGACUUCACCAGCCAGUGAAGAUGAGAGGAUCGGCACGGAAAGUAAAAGCCAUUUAGCAGAGUCUUCAGAAUUGUUUUCUCGCCUGAGGUCUGUGUGCAUCGAGGCUUUAGUAGAUUCCUCAUGCAAGCCCGUCAGUGUAGAUGUUUGUGGUAACGAAAGCACGAUUAACAUCACAAUUGAAAUUUGCCCAAAUGACAAGUAUGAGUUCGAUAACACAGCAAUUGUAAUAGCAGAAGAUUGUGAUUUCAUCCAAAAGAUACAAGAAAACGGUGUGCACUGCAGUAUUGUAAGUCAGAUUUCUUGCAUUCGCAAAAACGCCGCCGCAUGGACGAACUCACAGCCCUGUUGAAAUCAUUUACACGUACUAACUCCUCACCUACAAGAUGUUUAUCGUCAAUGUGAGACGAAUAACAGAAACUAACCGUACCAGACUUUGUCUCCAGACUGAAGGCUGAAUUAACUUUAUUAAAAGUUUGUGAGCAUGUGUUGAGUUGUUUGCUUAUUGUUUUGUCUAUACGGGUGAUUCUCACAAAAUCCAGAUUUAGAAGGUGUCCAACAUCAAAAUUUUUAAAAAGCCCUUGAAGCAAUUUUUGUUGCACAUAUGAGAUUACGGUCUGAACUUACUA